UCUUCCGAGAGAACAGGCCACAUAAAAGAAGAAGAAAGCGACGGCGACCAGUGCUAAAAUUUGAAACCCUCGACCGGGGCGCCGGCCGCCGCCGACCAUCCCUGCUCCGAUCCGCCGCCUCCCACCAGCCAAGAGCUCAGAGUACUUCGGAGUCAGGAGGGCAAUGUUGGAAGACGGCGACGAGAGCGCCAAGGCAGCGGCGACGGAGGCGGCGCUGGGGCUGAGCCCGCAGGUCUUUGUCGACGAGGUCCUCGAUAUCAUCGCCGACGUCAGCGCCGAGGCCUUCGAGUACUGCCUCCAGGAAGCGGCAGCACCGGGGGUCCUCGGAGCCGCCACGGCGGCCCAGAAGGCUGCGGAGCUCCAGCGGGGAUUAAAUGCCAUUCACCAUGUCGUAAAGGAUGCACUGGAUAAAAGAAUGACAAACUGGGAGAAAUACUGCUUUCGACAUUGCUUCAAUAUACCUGAAGGUUUUGUGGUGCCUGAAGAUGAUAAUUCUUGCGCAAAAGAGUCGCACAAAGUUGGGACUUCUGAUUCAGAUUUGGAUCUGGAACUUGAUUCCUUAAGGAGAAAACUUGAAAGUGCUAACAAGGAAUCUGAAAAACUUCAAAGAGAGAUGUCUUCAUUAGAAAGGCAAACUACGUACAAAAGAAAACUUGAUUCUGCUAUUGCUGAGAUUCAAAAGUUGUUUGAAGACAAAUUCGUGCAGGAAAAUUUUGAAGAUCUUGCAAAGGCGAUACCACUGUUGCAGCAGAAAAUAAUAGGUAUGCAGAAGAAAAGGACUGAGACUGGGAGCUUGAUAAAUCAACAGGUUUGGAACACGAACGGUCUGAGGGAUAAUAAGCGUCCAGCAUUGGGUUUAACUGCACGCGCUGAAGACAUUCAAGAGAUUGUCAGUAUCUUACAGAACAAGUAGCUUACAGAGUCGUCGCAUUCACAUUACAGUAUCAGCUUCUCUUUGUCUAGCUAUCUUCUCGCUAGCUGCUUGUCUGACACUGAACUGCGUUAAGGUGAUGGGGGACUUCCUGGAUAAGUUAGGGCUGCUAUGUUGUGUAUCUGUGGUAUAUGUGUUUUAGGUUGUGCAAUAGUGAGACUUAUUUGAGGAUAAUUCGAUGUACCCUCUGCUGUGUCAUUCUUGGAUCACUGUGCUUGAUCAUGAAAGUUUAUGGUUCCUGCUGGAAAUAACCAAGCUGUGAUGUCAGCGCAUUCUGAGUUGUUUUUCUA